AUGGCGGCCCAGACUCCUCUAUCGGUGGCUUCAGUGCCUCUGCCCGCUAAAGAGAUGAAGGUCCUUUCGUUGGGAAUGACACGGACUGGCUCUGCUUCCAUCACUAAAGCUCUUACAAUCCUGGGCUUUCAGGGAGUCCACCACGGUAUCCAGGCCAUCUCUUCGCCCCGCGAAUGGGCGCUAUUUUCUCGCGCUGCGGACUCCGUGUUUCCCACACUUCCAACUCAUAACGGCGCGCCCUUUACACGCAAAGACUGGGAAGCUCUGUUCGGCUCCUACGAAGCAGUCACUGACAUGGGCUCGUUUUUCGCCUUGCAACUCAUUGAGGCGUAUCCAGAGGCCAAGGUCAUCCUCGUUGAGCGCGAUGUCGACAGCUGGUUCCACAGUAUGGACGAAGCCAUCUUCAAGACUACCUGGGGCUUGCGCGCGAACCUGAUCAUCGAUUUUCUGGGGCCCGCAUGGGGCUUGAACGGCGGCAGGACUCUUAGGAAGAUCCUGCUGGGAUUCUACGGCGUCCGAAACGUAAAGGAGAUGAGAGAAGUCGCCAAAGACCGUUACAGGCAGCACUAUGCAGAGGUCCGGGCUGUGGUGCCCAAGGACCGGCUUCUGGAGUUCAAGUUGGAGGACGGUUGGGCGCCGUUGUGUGAAUUCCUGGGUAAGGACAUCCCGAGCGGCGUCGAUUUUCCCGUGGCAAACCAGAGGAAAGAGCACCUUGAGCGUGUGCGAACGAGGCAGAAUCGGUUCUUCAAGCUCGCUUUCUUCACUGGCUUGCGGAAGGUUAUGCCUUGGGUAUUUGGUCUUGGGGUCGUUGCAGCAGGCCAUUCGGCUAUCCUCCCGGUGACCGCUCCGGCGACCCCUCCGGCGUCCAGAGCCGACAUCAAUCCCAAAUGGAGCGCGAUCAUCGGCAAGACUCAUCCAGUCCGGCCCCAUUACUUUCUCCGCCCGGGUCCGGCGUUUGUCGGUGCCUCCGCAACACGUCAGAAUCCUCCGAAUGACAACAUCAACUCUAAUCCGCUUCAAUGCAUGAGACCCCUGAUCGCCACAUCUUGGAGGGUUACUUUAGGGCUUGGCAAGCCCGACAGAACGGUCAUAUCGCGGCGCCGUUCCUCAGCCCUCGUUUUUUCUUCGGUCCCGAUUCUGUGCCAGGUUGCUGUAUUCUCUGCGGUCAGGACUUUUGCGCAAAUCAAAUCACUGAAGAGCUCUACUCACGUCAAUGGAGUCUCAUCGGGAAACAGUUAUUCACUGGCUCGGGAAACAACCAUCCUCAAACCCAGGGGUUACAUUUGGGGUGCCUUGGCGGCAAGGAGUCUGCCAUCCCUCGAAUACCGCAUUCAUUUGCAGAACAGAAAGUGGGAGCGAGAUUCCACUACAGACCUGGCCAACCGCAUUCUGGCCCGACGGAUCUUUGACUCGUCGGACGCCAAGCUACCAUUUCUGGAUGAGCUCAAAGCCGAGGAAGACUCCAACUUCAUCUCAGUCAGCACUGGGAGCUUGAAGGUAACGUUUGCAAAGACCGGGAACGAGAUCAUCAAGGAAGUCAUCAAUGCUAAGGGCAUCACGGUUGGUGCACAAGGCAGAUUGGUUCUCCUUUCCCAGGAUCGCGUAUAUGAUCCCGAUAAACCAGACUCACUUGUGAAGCACCAUAGUUUCCAGGGGAGCAUAAGCUCGGUGGUAAUUGAGCAAGUCGGUUCCAUCCGCGCUGUCAUCACCGUUCACGGAGUCCAUGCCGAGGUGCCUCAAGAAUCCGAGCCGACUAUCAAGACCCACGAACCAUGGAUACCUUUCACACUUAGGUUCUAUCUACAUGCCGGAUCUAGUCACAUUCGAAUACUUCACACCAUAACAUACGACGGCGGGAAAAACGACUUUGUUCGAGGGAUCGGAAUCCGCCUCAAGGUACCUCUCCAGGAAGAAGCGGCCUUCGAUCGUCAUGUACGAUUUUCUGGAGCAUCAGGGGGUGUUCUUGCCGAGGCUUCUCAAGGGCUGACUGGACUUUGGAAGGAUCCUGGGCGAGAGGUCAGGUUCGCUCAGGUGCAGGGCAAGCCUUUGCCGUCUCCUGAUAGUUGGAACCCGGAGCUACCUCAAGCUUCUCUGCGCUGGGUGCCCAUCUGGAAUGACUUCAGUUUGCAUCAACUCUCGCCAGAUGGGUUUACGCUCGAGAAGCGACUGAGGGAAGGUCAUCCGUGGAUUAAGACCGCCAGUGGUACCAAGGCGGGAGGAGUUGUUUAUGUCGGUGGUGCUAAUCGCGGAGGAUUGGCCAUCGCGUCGAGACAUUUCUGGGAACGAUACCCGACCGGAAUCGACGUUCGAGGCCUUGGCGCCUCUCAAAAAGACACCGAGGUAACACUUUGGCUAUACGACCCCAAAGCCGGGCCCAUGGACCUUCGGCCUUAUCAUGACGGCUUAGGUCAACAAGGUUUUGACGAUCAGCUAGACGCCCUGAAGAUCACUUACGAGGAUUGGGAGCCGGAACUCGGGUCGCCUUACGGGAUAGCGCGCACAAAUGAGCUGAUGAUAUCGGUGACGGACUCAACGCCAGAUAGCAAUGAGUUCUCAUCACUCAUAGACCUCAUCCGAGAUCCUCCAAAGUUAUUGCCUAGCCCAGAAGCCAUUCACCUUAGUCAAGCUCUCGGUACAUACUGGUCUCCAUUGUCGAAUACGUCUGCCAAUGGCCUUUCAGCCACCGACGAACGCCUCGAGUUCCUGUUUCAAUUCUACGAGAAGCAAGUACAACAACGGCGUUGGUACGGACUCUGGGACCAUGGCGAUAUCAUGCACACGUAUGAUGAAGACCGACACACCUGGCGAUACGAUGUUGGUGGAUACGCCUGGGACAAUUCUGAGCUAUCACCAGAUCUAUGGCUCUGGCUGUACUUUCUGCGGACCGGUCGAGCUGAUGUGUUCCACAUGGCGGAAGCAUUGACUCGUCAUACUGGAGAGGUGGAUGUUUACCAUCUUGGGCGUUAUAAGGGUCUCGGUACACGACAUGGCGUGCAGCACUGGAGCGAUAGCUGCAAACAAGCCCGUAUAUCGAACGCCUUGUAUCGCCGCUUCUUCUACUACCUGUCUGGCGGUGACGAACGUGUUGGAGAACUUCUCGAAGAGACCCUUGAUACGGAUCAAAAGUUUCUGGUCCUCGAUCCGUACCGAAAGGUCCGAAAGGACAGAGAAACCUACAGCCCAGAUGCGCAUGCUGUCGAGAUCAGCCUGGGAACUGACUGGGCAUCGCUAGCAGCCUCCUGGCUUGUCGAGGUUGAGCGACGGGGGCCACGAUGGACUGAGGCCAAGAGUAAGCUAAUCCGGUCAAUUGAAGGGAUUGGCGCCCUUGCCAACGGCUUUGUUACCGGGAAUGCCACUUAUAAUCCGUCAACCGGAGCCAUCUCACCACCCGCCGCAGAUCCUGACAAUCAAGGGGUAGUGAAGGUUUCCCACCUAUCAGCAAUGUUCGGGUUGUUUGAGGUGGCGGUCGAUAUCCUGCAGCAGUUUCCAGAGAAAGCAGACGCAACUGGGUUCAGGCAUGCAUGGCUAGAGUAUUGCAUCUUCUUCAACGCUAGUCUAGAGGACCAGGAGAAUCGAUACAGCCAACCUGGCUGGGGCAGACUGCAGCUAAGACAAGGACACUCUCGCUUGACUGCCUAUGCGGCGAAGGAGCUCAAUAGACCUGAUCUGGCUAAACGCGCGUUGGAAGAAUUUGAGAAUGGGGAUGGCUUUCGGGACUAUGGUCCGAACGCUGUCUGGAAAAGCACCCCGGUGAACAAGAACCACGUUCUAGAGCCCGCAGAUGAGGCUCUUGGGGUUUCUACCAAUGUCACCGCGCUGUAUGGUCUGGCAGCUAUCCAGAACCCGGCAUUAUUACCGAUCCUGUUAUUCCCCAGCACCAGCAGCCAGCCUGAGGAGAUCACAUUCCGCAAGAGUUCUUUCGACUGGGCGACUGUAGAGCAACACCACCCCGUCAUUUCCUUCAAGCCUCUACCAACAGGCAAACCACUAAGCCUUCCUUCAAUCCAACACGAAUUCGGCGUAGGCAAUCCGCAUCCAGAGGCCCCGAAACGACAGAAAGCUGUCCGUGAUGUAUUCAUCCGGAGUUGGAGCAGCUACAAGAAGUUUGCUUGGGGUCGGGACGAGUUAGCGCCCGUAAGUGCUGGGGCCAAGGACACAUUUGGAGGAUGGGCUGCGACACUGGUGGAUUCUCUCGACACGCUCUGGAUCAUGGAGCUCAAGGACGAGUUUCGCGCCGCGGCCAACGUAGCCGUGAAGUUGGAUUGGGCCAACACAACAGCCACCAGCGUGAACAUGUUCGAAACCACGAUAAGACAUCUGGGCGGCCUACUUAGUGCGUACGAUCUCAGUGGCGAGCCUGCCCUCCUCGAGAAAGCGAAAGAACUGGGGGACAUGCUUUAUAUGGGAUUCGAUACGCCAAACCGCCUGCCAGGCUUUUGGGUCAACUUUGAAGACGCUAGGAAUGGAACUCAGCUAGCUGGCACGCACGAUCCGUCAGCUUCCCCGGGCUCGUUAGCUAUGGAGUUUACCCGUUUAUCCCAGCUGACGGGUAAUCCGAAAUACUUCGACGCCGUGGAUCGCAUUACGAGGUUUCUGGAAGGAACGCAGUUCAAGUCUAAGCUUCCUGGGAUGUGGCCGAAGAUGAUUAAUUUCAGAGAGGAACGAGUCGAUACGGACAACAGUUUCACGCUGGGAGCCUUGGCGGAUUCACUCUACGAAUAUCUACCCAAAAUGUUUGCGCUACUCGGCGGCCGAGAUCCAUCCUACGAAAAGAUGUACAUUGGAGCCAUGGCAAUAGUAGAGCAACACAUACUUUUCCGGCCUAUGGUACCAGAUCGGGACGACAUCCUAUUCGCUGGCGAUGCCUUCAUCUAUGCUGACCGAAUCGAGCACGUAUCCGAUGGCCAACACCUCGCAUGCUUUGCGGGCGGUAUGCUUGGUCUUGGGGGCAGACUCUUCUCCGUCGACAACCACGUUGCUCUCGGUGAGAAGGUCGCACGAGGGUGUGCAUGGGCGUACGACGCGUUUCCUUCCGGCGUGAUGCCGGAAAACUUCAAUCUCAUCCCUUGCGAGGCCCGGAAGACCGGGGACACCCAAAAGGACGACGAAUGCCUCUGGGAUGAGCCAAGAUGGAAGAGCGAGGGGGAUCCAAGGCUGAAGAAGGGUUUUCGGAAUGCACGCGACCCGAGAUACAUUCUCCGUCCCGAAGCUAUCGAGAGCAUAUUCCUGUUGUACAGGAUGACGGGCCGACAAGAUCUCCAAGAUAUUGCCUGGCGGAUGUUUGAGUCGAUUCUGAAAGCAACAGAAACAGAGCACGCUCACUCAGCUAUAGCUGAUGUUACCGUUCCGCCAGAUCAGACGAGAAAAUUAGACGAGAUGGAGAGCUUCUGGCUUGCUGAGACCCUCAAGUACUUCUAUCUCAUUUUCUCACCACCGGAUCUCAUUAGCCUGGACGAUUACGUUCUCAACACAGAGGCACAUCCGUUCAAGAUCCCCAAAUAA